UCUCACUCUUCUCACAUCAAUUUCCUUCUCUCUCUAGAAAAUGGCUUUCUCUUCACUAAUCCAAUCACUACUUGUGCUCACAUCAUGUAUCCUAUUCCCAUCUCUCAUUGCCUCCUUCCCAACCCUACAAGAUCCUGAGUUAGUAGUCCAAGAAGUACAUAGGAAAUUAAAUGCUUCUAGAAGGAGGCUGGGAUUCCUAUCAUGCAACACGGGGAAUCCCAUCGACGACUGCUGGCGGUGCGAUCCCAAUUGGGAGCAGAACCGCCAGAAGUUGGCGGACUGCGCCAUUGGGUUCGGCAAGAACGCCAUCGGGGGCCGGGAUGGCAAGAUCUACGUCAUCACGGACUCCAAGGACGACGACCCCGUGAACCCUAAGCCGGGGACGCUCCGCCACGCCGUGAUCCAAGACGAGCCGCUGUGGAUCAUAUUCGAGCGCGACAUGGUGAUCCAAUUGAAGGAGGAAUUGAUCAUGAACUCAUUCAAAACCAUCGACGGUAGAGGCGCUAGUGUGCAUAUUGCAAAUGGCCCAUGCAUCACCAUACAAUAUGUGACCAACAUCAUCAUCCAUGGUGUUAACAUACACGAUUGUAAGCAAGGGGGGAAUGCUAUGGUGCGGGACUCCCCACAGCACUACGGGUGGAGGACCGUGUCGGACGGCGACGGUGUCUCAAUAUUUGGCGGGAGCCACGUGUGGGUUGAUCACUGCUCCUUGUCGAACUGCAAUGAUGGCCUCAUCGAUGCGAUCCACGGGUCCACGGGUAUCACGAUCUCUAAUAAUUACAUGACACAUCAUAAUAAGGUUAUGUUGUUAGGGCAUAGUGAUACAUAUGCUCAAGAUAAGGGCAUGCAAGUUACCAUUGCCUUUAAUCACUUUGGAGAAGGGCUUGUGCAAAGAAUGCCAAGAUGUAGACAUGGCUAUUUUCAUGUGGUGAACAAUGACUACACACAUUGGGAGAUGUAUGCUAUUGGAGGGAGUGCUGCCCCCACUAUUAAUAGCCAAGGCAACAGAUUUCUUGCCCCUAAUGACAGAUUCAACAAAGAGGUUACAAAACACGAGGAAGCACCUGAAAGCGAGUGGAAGAACUGGAAUUGGAGAUCCGAGGGAGACCUAAUGCUAAAUGGUGCAUUUUUUGUAGCCUCGGGUGCCGGCGCCUCGUCGAGUUAUGCUAAGGCGUCGAGCUUAGGGGCUCGACCGUCAACCCUAGUGGGCCCCAUCACGUCUGGCGCCGGCGCUCUCGCCUGCCGGAAGGGCUCUCGGUGCUAAUUAAAAGUGUAUAUGUAUACACACACUCACAAUUACAAGACAAUGUGGGAGUGUGGCACAAUUGGAGAUGUGCAUGUUUGUUGAAGAAUAUCACAUAUUUGAUAAAUUUGAAAUGUAUCUAUGAUAAAAGCAAUUAAUGAAAUGUUGAUGUACAUAUAUAUAUGAAUUCGAAUUUCUAUUGUUUGUCA